AGGUGAGUGUGUCUGUUUCAAUGUGCAUAUAUAAAUUGAUUUAUUUUGUUAACAAAGGGACUGAAUAUGCAGUUCGUUUGUUGGCAUAUUCUACUUUAUUGGACUGUGUCCACCUUCUGCCUCAGCUUCCCUCUCUUCGGUUGGUACUGGUCAAAACUAAACAGCCUGCAGCAUGUUGCAUACAGUCAGGGAGUGGCUGUGUUGGGAGCGUAUGUGGCUGCCAGAAAAAGUCUCCUGGUCGGAUCUGGAGGACAGUGAAGGUCGUGUUUACGCUAAAGCCUCUCAGCUCUACGCUGCUCUGCCCUGCGCCCUCUGCCUGCUCCUCGUCAGAUUCCUGUUUGAGAGGUACCUGGCCACACCGCUGGCUGAUCUUUGGGGAGCCAGGGACCGUAUUCGUCUCACAGCAGAGACAAACCCUGUCCUGGAGAAGCACUUCUGCAGCCAAGCACGGCUUCUUUCACAGGUGUCUGACUUGAGGUCUCUUUGUGAGAAGACCAGCUGGCCAGAAAGGAAAGUUCAAGUUUGGUUCAAGAGGAGGAGGAACCAGGAGCGCCCAGGCCUUCGCAAGAGGUUCUGCGAGGCCAGUUGGAGAUGUGUGUUUUAUUUGUUUGCAUUUGUUGCCGGAGUGCUUGCUCUCUAUGAUAAACCUUGGCUUUAUAACCUGAAAGAGGUUUGGGCAGGCUUUCCUAAACAGUCCAUGCUCCCAUCUCAGUACUAUUAUUACCUCUUGGAAAUGGGCUUUUAUCUUUCUCUGCUUCUUAGCCUCACAUUUGAUGUGAAACGGAAGGACUUUAAAGAGCAGGUGACUCAUCACAUAGCCACAUUGACUCUUCUGAGUUUCUCCUGGAUUUCAAACUACAUCCGGAUAGGAACUCUUGUGAUGGCCUGUCAUGACUCCGCUGACAUACUGCUGGAGGGUGCCAAGGUAUUUAACUAUGCAAAGUGGCAACGGACUGCUAACACCACGUUUGUGGUGUUCACAGCUCUCUUUACGCUGACAAGACUUGUCAUUUUUCCUUUUUGGCUGAUCCACUGUACAUGGGUGUACCCACUGGAGGAGUUUGCUCCCUUCUUCGGCUAUUACUUCUUCAAUGUGAUGUUAUUGGUUCUUCAGAUACUCCACCUUUACUGGGCUGUUCUCAUAUCGCGAAUGCUUCUUAAGUUAAUAUUCAGUAAGCUGGAAGGUGACGAUCGGAGUGAUGAAGAGGAGGAUGACAGUGAUUCACCAAAGGAAAGAAACAACAAAUUGAGUCACAUUAAUGGCUCUGGAGCCAGAGGCCGGGGGGCAAAUGGUCACUGACACGUUUACUGACAAAAGGAGAUGGACAAAAGGGGAAAUGAACAGCAGACAUGAAGACUUAUUCAAUGUGCAGCAGCUGGAAUGUAAUGGCACUUCAGAAAAGAGUAAAUACACUAAAGCAGAAAUAAUGAUAUGCACAGGAACUGUGAAGGAUUGUAGUCAAACGAAAUAAUUUUAAGCUUUGUCUUUUCUGGAGUUUGCUGAAUUCAUAAUAACUAUUAAUCUUGUUGUACUCAUUAAAAAA